AGGCAGAGAGUUGCGUGCGAAGAGCUCGACAUGUCAUUCAGAGGAAUCCGCCACCUGAAACGCGAGGAAGUGAAGGCGACUCAAUUGGGUAUAAAGCAUCAGGCAACAUCUGCCCCGAGCAGUGCAGUGCUGAUGAAAACAUCAGCUCGGAGCUCGCGCGGACCUCUUCGCUUUAUUUCAUUUCCCUUGGAUUUAUCAGUCGGCAUUGAGCGGGUCGCUGCUCGCCGGGAGACGCAUCUCUUUUCUCCACUUAAAGUGAAUGUGGCUCAAUAGCCAGCACUAUACUGGACCUAAGUGACAUCCACACAGAUUUGGGCGCACCUGUUACCUCCACGGAGCGCAGGACCAUGAUCCCGCCGGGAGACUGCAUGUAUGCGGGUCGCAAGAGGAGGAAGCCCAUCCAGAAACAGAAGCCGUCCUCGUCCAAUGAGAAGACCAACCCGUCCAAGCGGCACCGCGACCGGCUCAACGCCGAGCUGGACCGGCUCGCCGGCCUGCUGCCGUUUCCCCAGGACGUCAUCUCCAAGCUGGACAAGCUGUCCGUGCUGCGCCUCGCGGUCUCCUACCUCCGCGUCAAGAGCUUCUUCCAAGUGAGUCAAGAGAAGUCCUCCAGGAAGCACAUCAUCAGCACCCCGUCCUCAAACCCCGAGCCCAGGAAGGACAGCUUCACUCUGGGCACCGCCGUCAAUGAAAGCAGCCUCCUCCUGGAAUCCCUGACAGGGUUUGCUUUGGUGGUGAGCAGUGAUGGGAUGGUCUUCUACGCCUCCUCAACCAUUGUGGACUAUCUGGGAUUUCAUCAGACCGACGUGAUGCACCAGAACGUGUUCGACUACAUCCACAUCGACGACCGCCAGGAGUUCCGGCGCCAGCUCCACUGGGCCAUGUGCCCCCCGCAGCAGCCGGGGGCGCCGGGCAGCCAGGAGAACCAGCUCGCUGCAGGGACGGGCGAGGACUUUGUAGUCAGUAGCCUUCUCCAUUCUCCGGAGGCCGGAGGAAUUCCUCCAGAGUUUUCCUGCUUUCUCAACAGAUGUUUCAUCGUCAGAGUCCGGUGCCUGUUGGACAGCACAUCUGGAUUUCUGACGAUGCAGUUCCAGGGUCGACUGAAGUUCCUCCACGGCCAGAAGAAGAAGUCCGCCUCCGGGGCCCUCGUGCCUCCUCAGCUGGCGCUGUUCUGCAUCGCCGUCCCCCUCCUCCUGCCCUCCAUUACAGAGAUGAAAAUGAAGAAUAUGUUGAUGCGGGGGAAAACCAAGGGUGGAGGGAUCUCUGCACUGGAGCACGGCGACCGAGGGGAACACCUCCGCCGUCACUCCUUCAGCGGAGGCAUGGGCGACGUUACGGACCCCCUCCUCCUCUCCUGCUCCACCCCUAGCGCUAACCAGCGAGCCCACCAAACCCCCUGGACUCCGCUCUCCAAAGACAACCUCAAGUUUCACCCCGAGGGCUACUUCAACCAGGACGAGCCCCUCAACUACUGCAAGUCCUCCAUGGGCCUCCAUAAAGGCCUCAGUCCGGGCCUGGGUUCCGGGUGGCCCAUGCGCCCCGGCUCGGGCCCCCUCCGGCCGGGCCAGGCCGGCGGCUACGCGCCCUCCGCCCGCCUGAACCGCGCCGGCCACUACGGGAAGCCGUACCGCCUGUCUCCCAGUUGCCACGGCGACAGGGCCGGGGAGGUGUUCGUGUCCAAGCUGUACGGCAACGGGCAGAUCCCGGCGGACCCGGACGCGUACUGCGUGGACCCGGUGAAGAGCGAGGGCGGCUACGGCGAGUGCUACGACGGCCACCUGAUGCCGCCCGAGAUGCCGCCCAUCAAGAUCGAGCAGGACUCGGACUCGGAGAACGGCUGCGACCCGUACGGGCGCCCGUGGGCCUGCCGCGAGCCGGGGCCCGUGGAGCGGCGCUACGGCGGCGCGUACGAGCAGAGCGCCGGCCUGCAGCUCAAGGCGGAGGCGGAUUAUUACGACCCCCAGUACUCGCCCUGCCAGCGCGGGAAGGCGGGCAUCAGCCCGCCCUACGGCAACUACCACGGCUAUGCAGUCAGCAGCAACGGGAGCCCCGCCGUGCGCAUGUUGAAGUGCGACAAGGACUUGGGCGCCAACGACAACGAGCAGUUCAGUCCCCAGAGACCCUCGCACGCGGACUCUCUAUGCAGCAACCCAACCGUCAACCUCAUGGACUCCGUCUACCAGCAGGACCCCCAUAAGAACUACAUGCACUCGGACUACAGCAAGCACGGCGCGUACGAGUUCAAAGGUCACGGCCUGAUCCAUUCCAUCAAGCGGGAGCCCAUGGACUCGCCGCCGUGGCCCGAGGGCGACGUCAGCCAGGCCAUGAUGAUGGGCCCCAGGAACGUUAUGCCGUGUGUGAUGAGCACCGGACACAAGUCCAGCCCGUACGUUUAUAUGCAGUGAGAGCUGGACGUGUUGAGCCCCCCCCACACCCACACCCACACCCACAGCACAGACCCAGACAAUCAGAGCGCGUUGCAGCAGCGCUCAUACACGUGCACCAGCACAUCAUCGUUGACAACAAGGCUCAGGUUCUCGUACUUACGUCAUGACAACCAGAAAUAAUCCUCUGAAUCCACUUCAUCAACAGGUGACUUUGUUUUGAAAGAAUAUAUUUAGUAGUUGGAUUGAAGCACUUUCAGAUUUAGUAACAAAGAGACAAAUUCUGUCUAGAAACACGUUUUGUUUUGUGACUUGUUAACACCUUGUUUUAUUUUUUUUUUGUUGGUGGAACAAAAAUCUUUUUGUAAAUGUUUUUUUUCUGACUUUGUAAACAGGAGAUGAAUUAAUGACGGGUGAUCUCACGAGAACACACCGGAGACGGCGACAACAAGCCCCACAGUAGUUUUCCUGGUGCACUGGCGUAUUUUAGUGCUUUAACUAAAACUAACAGCGUCUCAUUACCGCCUGCAGGGAUGUGUGAAUUCAAACGUCCGUUUUCUAUGCAUUUUAGUCGUUUUGUUAUUGAAUCAACUUGCUAAUACUUGAAAACUCACUGCAGUAAAGUAAGCGUCAGUUACGGAACUAUUGCAACAUGUGUUUGUAACCAGCGUCUGCUUUCAAAGCAUUUCCAGCACUGAUAUCUGAUAUCAAGUCGCUAGUUUCUCAUGCAGUACACAUUCAAAACAAAUGAUACAAAUUCACCUUAUUUUUCUAUGAGCUCCUCGCUUUGAAUUAGAGCUUACAAUGUUUAUCAGAGCAUCAGUAAAUACUCCACCAAACACUAGUGAGAAUGGUGGAAAGCUUGAAAAUAAUACAAAUACAUGCAAUCAGUAGUUAAUGUCAGACUGUUACCUUGGUCUAAGCUUUAUUAUAGUCAAUUAAACCUAUGUGUCUUUGAGCAAGGCACUAACCACAGAUGCUACUCUGUACUUUCUCACCUCUCUUUUAUAGUUGGAAACUAUGAAACUGAUAAAUCACAUUUAACACUGAACGGCAUUAAAACUGGCAUCAAAUUAAACGAGACUAGAUUUGCUGUUUAAGCUGCAGGGCUAAAAAUGGACCUAAGACAUUUUGCACUGGUUCAAUGACUGUUUAUUAUCAGCUGAAGGUUUGUUGAACUGAAGGAAAGGAGCGUGUUGUUAGACGGGUGGAGUUUGAGUCUUCCUUCAACGCACUCAGCGCGUUUUUUUUUUUUUAUCCUGAUGCACAAAUGAUAGAAGUGUGUGUCGUUGUGUGUACAGUUUGAUCCAGCAUUUCACGCUCCGCUGCAGAAAAGUCCCUUCGUUUCAGUCACACACCUUCACAAUCAGUACUUUUUGCACAAAAGCAUUGCAGCUACCAAAUUAAACCCUGGUCUCAGUCUGGUGGAGCUGCUGACGUGACGUAGCUUCUUAAUUGCACUAAUGGCAGCAGUCCAGUUGAAGUUCCCAAACGUCAGGUUUUUAAGUCGUCACGCACAAACACGGUGUCACACGUUCUCCUUUUGCUCUUUGUGUGUGUUCAUUUCAAUAAAUGUGUGACCAGUUUGUAUUUAUUGUAACAGGCAAACGUGUAUAAUUUAAAAACAGGCGUUUUGAAGGCUUUUUCUGUUUCAAAAAGGUAAAUGAUCCUGGAUUUUGUCUUUCUCACCGUGGUUCUAAAAGUACUUGUCUCACGUGCGGGUAGCGGCGCGGUAGCGGCCGGUGUACAUAUGCAGUGUCUUCCAGUGUUUCUACGUGUUUUUGCAAAUGGGAAUUAUCUAUUAAAAGACCUUUUCUUUCUAUGGAAGAUGCGAGUGAGGUGUUUUUCUUUCUUCUGCCCCUGAGACGAGCUGACAUCGCCUCUGUGACACACUGGACUAAUGGGCGUCUGCACGCUACACACUGUGUCUGCUUCCCACACACGUCUCACCUGCAGUUUUUUGUCCUGUAGGUCAUUAAAAGUGAGAGCCUUGGAUCAUCAGAGCAGUCUGACAGGAUGACUGCUGGAGCUGUGGCUCAUCCUCAAUCAAAUUCUCAUCCCACAAUUGUCGGACGAGCGUUCUACCUCCUGACCCGCCCAUCCUGACGGCCCAGGAUAUCACCAAAACAUGCCCGCAGUAAAAAUAAAUAAGUGGUAACAAUGUUUGGAGCAUAUCAGUGUCAAACACAGUGAAAGAAUAAAAAACACGGUUUCGGAA